AUGUCAUUAUGUAGUGGACCAGCGAUACCUCCCUACAAUACGUCCAACUCCACUGUCCUCGAGACACUGGACAAGUCAGCAACAGACGCUCGGCAUAGCACGCUCGCAUCGCUCUACGUCUCUGACAACGGUCUGUUCGAGCAGCCAGGACCAGCCAAUGCCAGUGUCCUGGGUUCCAGAAACAUCGGUUAUGCCUCGGGCGGGUCGACAUUCGUCGAGAUCGAUGUACAGCAACAGAGCGAUAACAGCUCUGAGACAAUAUGGAUUGGUGUGUGGCCUCCAGCCGACACUCGCAACGUCACACCAGGCUCGUAUCAAUUCCAGAUCGUAGCGAGCACACGGGCAAAGAUGGAGUAUGUUGACUCCACACGCAGGCCGAGGCUCGACGACACGGACCAAACUCGAGCCUUGAUAUCGUCCUUCAACUACACGACGUCUUCACCGCCGAAUCUCAACGUCAUUGUUCUGCCCACCACGGGUGCCAACUCGCUUGCCAAUCCUGACUACUUCAAUUCGUCGUUCUGUGCCAUCGCAGAUGCGUUCGCAGAUGUGCUCGCUGGCAACCAGCAAGUCACCGUCAACAGCAGCGACACACGGCGCGGGACAGAAGCCAAUAAUCUUGAUGACGUUCGUCGGCAAUUUGAAGUCUCAGGUCUAGAUGCUGGCACCAACUAUACCGUCUGGCUCUUCGAAAGCAACACCACCGGUCAAGGCUCAGCUCAGAGCGUCUCCACGACUCUCUUCCCAGCCAUCAAGAUGGUCACCAAGCGAAGCGAAAACUGUCGACUCGUCUUUGAUGUGCCUUUUUGCCCGAAUGUGGCCUACUCUAUUCCCGUCAAUCCGUCCAUCUCGACGGACCGGGCGCUCUCCGUGAUCGAGGAGUUCGUCGACCCAAUCUACUCCAACUUCAGCCUGACCAUCGACACGUUCCCGUGCGGCAGUUCCGAGUUUGGCAUGUACUCGUACGUCCAAACAUGUGACAGCUGCAAGCGCUCCUACCAAAACUGGCUGUGUGCCGUUGCCAUGCCACGGUGCACCGACGCACUCGAUGAUCCGUCGACGCAAUCGCGCGCCACCCAAGACGGCACAGAGCUCACAGGCGCACCCACGGGCCUGAACACCGAUCUUCUGCCCUACAUUGUCAAUCGCAAUGGCAACGGCACCGGUGCGCUGACAUCACGCCAACCGUUCAUCGAUCAGCAACUCCAACCGGGCCUAUAUGGCGAGUUGCUCCCGUGCAUCUACACGUGCUACUUUGUCAGCCGCACCUGUCCACCGUUGAUCCAGUGGACCUGUCCGUUGUGGGAUAUCACCGCCCAGCGCGAUUAUGGCACGUUUGCGGAUAGCGACGAGGAAGGCAUCGGCGCAGCGGAGAAUGGCGGUGCAGGCAAGGAUGGAAUGCGUUGGGGUGGGUAUCAGAGGUAUAUCGCGACAGAUGCGUUUGGUAAUGCGUAUUGCAACUCGAUGGGCGUCGAUUUCUUGCUGAGGGAGUCGAACGGUGGGCUGGGAAGGAUGCCGAGAGGAUUAUAUGCGAUAUCAGCAGCGAUGAUGGUGUCGCUGGUGAUAUCGGUUGCUCUCUGA